CAAGAAUAAUGAUUUCCUUAUGAAAAACAACCAGUUGGCUACAAAACCAACCAUCUUUGGAAACAGUUGGAAGGUGCAAAAUGUACCUGGCUGUUAUGAGGAAGACAAGGGAGAUUGCUCAAAGUUAGCAGAGCUGGAACUUCGCCACAAUAACAACAAACAAGGAUGCGGAAUCAUAAAGGAUAAGAACGGACCUUUCCGUGAGUGCCAUGCUAAGAUAGAUCCAGAAGGGCACUUUAAGAGUUGUGUAUAUGAUGCUUGCUUCUAUGAAGGUAGAGAGGAUGCACUUUGCAAGAUAAUUGCCAGCUAUGCCACCUUAUGCCAAGAGACUGGAGUCACCGUAUACCAAUGGAGAACCUCGAAGUUCUGCAGUCCAGUUUGCCCAAAGAACAGCCACUAUGAAGUAUGUGCCUCUGGCUGUGCUCCAACAUGCCUUUCACUUUCUCCUCCAUUGGGAUGCAAACCUGGGUGUUCAGAGGGAUGCGAAUGUGAUGAUGGCUUCAUUCUGAGUGGUGGAGAUUGCGUUCCAAUCUCCCAGUGUGGCUGCCAAUACAAUGAUAAAUAUUACAAGAGUGGUGAAGUAUUUUUCCCCAAUAGUUUAUGCAACCAGCAGUGUGUAUGCACAGCCAGUGGAGUUGUUGAAUGUAAAGCUUUCAGUUGUGGACCCAAUGAAGAGUGCAAAAUCACAAAUGGAGUCCAGAAAUGUUUCCCAGUCGGUUCUGCCCAGUGUUCUGCUGCGGGUGAUCCUCACUACCUGACGUUUGAUGGGCUGGCCUUUGAUUUCCAAGGCACCUGCACCUACACCCUCACUAAAACCAUUACAAAGAAGGACAACUUGGUACCUUUUGCCAUUAAUGUUAAAAAUGAGAAGUGGGGUAAUGGAAGAGUUGCAGUCACUAAACUGGUCUCUUUUGAUGUCUAUGGAUACAACCUCAUUCUUGCGUAUGAAGUUCGAGGUACAAUCUUGGUUAAUGGCGAAAACUUUAACCUCCCAGUAAACUUGGAAGAUGGAAAGAUCCGCGCUUAUCAGCAUGGCAUAAGAGUCAUUAUUGAAACCGACUUAGGUAUUCAAGUCAAUUACGAUCUUAGCUAUCAUGUAAUGGUCACCGUUCCUGGAAACUACAAGGAACAGUUGGGUGGCCUGUGUGGUAAUUAUAAUGGUAAUGGAAAAGAUGAGUUCCAGCUACCUGACAAGACACUGACCACAGAUGCCACCAAAUUUGGCGCUUCCUGGAAGGUCCAGAUCCCUGGUGUACCUUGUGAUGAUGGCUGUGGUGGAAGUGGAAAUGCUUGUCCAACAUGUGAUAAAAAAAAGGAAGAAAUCUUCAAAACAGAGAACUAUUGUGGAUUCUUGAAGAAACCUGGUGGUCCACUGAGUGCUUGUUAUGCCACCAUAAAACCUGAUCCCUACUUCAACAACUGCAUCUAUGACCUGUGCGCUGGUGUUGGUGAUGGAAACAUUCUAUGCCAAAGCAUUCAAAGCUACGUGGCUGCUUGCCAGGCAGCUGGGGUCACUAUCCAACCAUGGAGGACUGAUGCUUUCUGCCGUGAGUUAAUUUAUUUGUAUUGAAUUUGAAAAACUUCACAUAUUCUUUAGUACAAAAUUAGGCAAAUCAAUAAAAUUCUAUUUUUGACAUUGCAGAGGGUCUAGAUCUAGAAAACUCACAUGAUCAACAAUGAGUUUCUUUCAACAAUAGAAUUGUUGUAUGCUGACACAGUAUUAUACAAAGUAACAAUCCAAUGUAAGAAGAAAAUGUAUGUUCUUCUGGACCAGCUGUUUGUGCUCCAGUGCUGCUGUUCACACUACAUUUUGCAAUUAUAGUCAGCAAUUUUGGUAACACAAAACCUCCCUUCUAUCUAU